AUGCUGAGCUGUGAUCGUUCCUGUGGCUGCAGCCGCGGCCCCAACGUGGAGGAUGGCAAGUGGUAUGGGGUUCGCUCCUAUCUCCACCUCUUCUAUGAGGACUGUGCGGGUACCGCCCUCAGCGAUGACCCCGAGGGCCCCCCUGUCCUGUGCCCCCGCCGACCCUGGCCCUCACUGUGCUGGAAGAUCAGUUUGUCCUCAGGGACCCUGCUUCUGCUGCUGGGUGUGGCAGCCCUGACCACUGGCUAUGCGGUGCCCCCCAAGCUGGAGGGCAUCGGCGAGGGUGAGUUCCUGGUAUUGGAUCAGCGGGCAGCUGACUACAACCAGGCCUUGCGCACCUGCCGCCUGGCAGGCAUGGCGCUUUGUGCAGCAGCUGGAGUCCUCCUGGCCUUCUGCCUAUUCUGGGCCAUGACUGGCUGGCUGAGCCAAGACACCAAAGCAGAGCCCUUGGACACUGAAGCUGACGGCCAUGUGGAAGUCUUUGGGGAUGAGCUGGAGGAGCAGCUGUCCCCCAUCUUCUGUGAUACCAGCAGUCAGUCAUGGCUCUCGACACCCGCUAGCCCCUUUGGGCAAUCCUCUGUGCUGACCAUCCAGCCCAAGCGGGACUCUUGA